GCAGACACGGCAACAAAGAUAAGCUCUUUGUGUUAAGCAUACAAUCUGUUUUUUAGGUCUUGAAGAGACUCACAUCGCUCAGAGUUGUAUGUGCACAUCUGAAGACUUGGCAAAAACAUUUCACGGCUUUUUAGAGGGAAAUCAUCAACAAUGUGGACCGUGACUCUGAUUCUGUGUUUGGGAAAUAUUCUCAUCAGAGGUGAGGCCAGCCAUCAGCAUUCAGAGCCAUUCCCCGUAAUUGAAGUCUCCGAAACUGCCUCCCGUGGUCUUUUAACACUGGAAAAAGAGAACUCCAGCAGUUCAUUUCAUCCACCCCAAGAAGAAGGACCAAAAACAUCUCACCCUCCUAUGUGCUUGCAGUCAGCUGGAAUCAAAGACACCUUCAAAUAUAUCAAUAUUAUGGUCUCUCUGGUUGUGUUUGUUGUUGGAAUAGUGGGGAAUUCAGCCCUACUUAAAAUCAUACAUGCAAACAAAUGCAUGAGAAGUGGACCUAACAUUCUCAUUGCGAGUCUUGCAUUGGGGGAUCUAAUCCACAUUGUGAUAGACAUUCCAAUCAACGCUUACAGGCUCCUGGCAGAAGAUUGGCCCUUCGGUUUGGUGCUAUGCAAACUCGUCCCUUUCAUACAAAAAACCUCAGUUGGAAUUACUGUGUUGAGCUUAUGUGCUUUAAGCGUUGACAGAUACCGGGCCGUAGUAUCCUGGAAUCAAAUCAAAGGCGUAUGGGUUUCAGUGUGGACAGCAAUGGAAAUAACUCUGAUAUGGGUUAUUUCCAUCCUGCUGGCUAUCCCUGAAGUUGUCGGCUUUGAUAUGAUAACAAUGGACUAUAAAGAAAAGCAUCUCAGGAUAUGUCUGCUUCAUCCUAAGCAAACUUCGCAGUUCAUGAAGCAUUACAAAGCUGUAAAGGACUGGUGGCUCUUUGGUUUCUACUUUUGCAUGCCUCUGCUUUGGACUGCCAUCUUCUACACGCUCAUGACCAGGAAAAUGCUGAGAAAUACUGAAAACACCUUAAGUGACCACAUCAAGCAGAGACGAGAAGUCGCAAAAACCGUCUUCUGCCUGGUGAUUGUCUUUGCACUCUGCUGGUUUCCUCUUUACCUCAGCAGAAUAUUAAAAUCAACCAUAUAUGAUGAGAAAGAUCCAAAUCGGUGUCAACUACUGAGCACCUUCCUUGUUCUUGACUAUUUCGGCAUUAACAUGGCAUCGCUGAACUCCUGCAUCAACCCAAUUGCGCUGUACAUUGUCAGCAGAAAAUUCAAGAGAUGUUUUAAGGCUUGUCUGUGCAGUUGGUGUCUACCUCUUCAAGCUGUUACCCAUGACGAGGCGCAGUCUGUUUUGAAGUCCAGAAUGCAGGAUCAAGCCUCGGAGCAGAGCGGGAACAUCAAAGCUCACAAGCAGACAGCCACACCUCUUCCUGGGAAGGAGAACACCUUACUGUGUUAGCACAAACUCACGUUGGAACUGUAAAACUACUUUCUGAGACUGUCAAUAUCUUUUUGUUCUGCGGCUUCGGCUAUCAAAACAACUACCGAAGCCGCUCUGUCAGGCGCUCCGCAACCUUGACAUUCCAUUCUAAUAAUGUAAAGUACCUUCUGAAUAACUCGGAGCUCUGUCUUUUGUAAUGCUGUCGUCAGUUGAACAUCUGCUUUGGCAUGAGCAACCUGGAGUCAGACUGUUCAGACUAUUUGCCCUUGAGGCUUGACUCACUCCCAACCAUUACAUCAGAUUUUUACCUAGUACCUAUCCUGUAUCAUGCAUCACAGUUCUCAAAUCACUGUUUUGGGCACGAUGUUAACCUGGCAGCCAUCAACAGAAAUCUUGUCACAGCUCGCCGCCUGCAUAUAUAUUAUUUUAAUUCUGCUUCUGGAUUCUAGGAAGACACCGCGCUGCCGGAAAUCAACCAAAUGGGAAUUCUGAAUUAUUACAGCGGGCUUUAUGAGGCACAGUUUUAUGUUAUGUUAUUUUCAUCUCUGUUAAGUUUCUUACGUAUACAAGCAGCAUCUUAAGAGUUCCCUUUUUUCCCUCCUUGAACCUUGAGAAACAUAUCAAACUGGGUGCCACAAGUAGAUUCUGUCUCCGCCGCUGAAUGACUGAUUGAUGGUGGCCUAUUUUUAAUGCAUUGUUAAAUGUGUAAUGCAUGGAGACACUUUAUAAAAGACCUGAGAGUGGGGAAGAAGGAAAACGAAGAUGACAGAAUGAGGUCAGGAGGAGAGAGAGGAAUGGAGGAGGGGGGUAGAGGAGUGUUGGGGGGGCACCUGAUAGGUCUUCCUGUCACAGGACAAGGAAAGCACAAAUAGAGCGCUGCUUCUUCCAGCUAAUGCUGUAUCAGCCUGCGAAAAUGUCUUGAUGCGCUGGAAUGCCUAUUAAAACUUUGUCAUCUCCGUAAAGUCAGCUGUUUGUUUAAAAAAAAAAAAAAAAGAGAAGUUUGUUUGAAUAAAGUAGGCAGAUGAUUGUGUUGUUUGCGAUGCAUCAAGAAAAUGCAAAACGGAUUUAUGACUUCAUGAUGUUUUAUAAAAAAGAUCAUAAACAUUUCUAGGAAACCACUUUAUAUUGAUCUAAUUAAACAUUAAAAGCAUGUGCAGUGUAAAUGAUGUACUUUAUUUAAGUCUUAAUGAAAACCCACACUCUUUUGACAGUUCUUUCUUCAUUUUUUAAAAUAAGCAAUCACAAAAAAUACGCUUAAACCUUUAAAUGUGCAGUGCAACCUUGACAUAAAAAACACCUUAGCGCAUUGAAAUACAUUUUUGUUUUGUAUCAGGACAUUUUCUUUAUCAGCAGCAGACGCAUUAAAGUUUUUCAAGUGA